AUGCCCGAAGCGGACAUGUACGACUCGGCGAUCGAGUUGGAUGAAUCCCCAUCCCUUCAGAUAACAUCGCGCCCGCGACGGACCGGUUCACUCUGUACUCGACGGCGAUCAUGGCGCGACUCCUCCCAAUCUCAAUGGACCUCCUUAUGGUGGAUAGCUUUGGUGGGCUUGGUGACUUUGGCGUCGCCAACCGCUGCUGUCUUGUUGGACUUUGACAACUGUCUAUCAAAAACCAUACUCGAAUCCGCUCCUCUACAACUUCAAUUUGUUCCCACCAACGUUUCUGUCACUUUCAACAACUCCGACCCUCUAAAUCCGCUCAACGUGACGGUUUAUGGCAAUGUGUCGGGAACCUCGUCGCGGACCGCGAAUUACCCGGCACCGGACUCUGCGGAUUGGACGAACAUCAAUUGGACCGAUGGAAAGAUUGAGGAUCUGAGCAGCUCAGGCAACAUGUAUAGCACGCUCUUGACAGAUUUCAACGUGCUAAGCUUCACGCCGUUCAGUAAUGCCUCUCGGUUCCGCGACUCGGUCACACAGGGAACUUUUCCUCUAGCCCCCGUCUUUAACUACAAUCUAAGUGAUUUGACCACGUUACGGGCGUUCUCUGUGCAACAUGACAUGCUGUCAACCUACCGCUUCGGUACAAUCAUACCUUCAUUGACCAUUCGCUCCGGAGAUCUCUCCGCAGCGCAGCUGGGCUGUGUGUCGGUGAAGGUCACACCUGACCUCGGAGCGUCCCUCAAGAAUGCCAUUGCUUAUGUGCCUUUGGUAAUCUUGAUCUUGGUCGGGAUCGCCACCAUCGCGGCCGCUAUGUUCAGUCCAUGGGGGACAACAGAUCUGUUCAGAUGGACCAGUAACUACGGCCGAGAUGAGGAUGUGCUUCGUCUGGUAACUCCCGGAUUCUCGGACUGCCUGCAGUACCUCCAAUUCGUGGUUUUGACCGGGGCACUUUCGUUGGACUAUCCGGGAUUCUACCAGCCUGCGGUGAGCCAGGGUGCGUGGUCGGCUUUGAUGUUCAACCAGAGUUUUAUCACGCCCGGCGUGGGUCGUGAUCCGGUCGUCGAUGGCGUGUACGCUGUCAGCGGCAACUAUGGCCUCGACCGAUUGAACCAGUAUGUUGGCAUGGGUUCUUCUCAAGACAUUUGGCCCGGCGUGAUGAUAUGGACGUUGGCCAUUUUGGCCUGCGUUACCGUCCUGUUUCAGGUCGCAUUCGCACUUCGAUGGCUACAUCGUGAAUUGGCCAACAACACAGACCAGGACCUGCGGGCGAGAAACUUGCCAUUUACUUUGGGCAAUCUCAUCCGCAUAGUAUUUAAUUUCCUCCUUUUCCCCAUCGUCGCCCUAUCCUUCUUCCAGUUGGUCCUGGCAGGCUCCUCUGCCGCUUACUGUGUUGCUCUUGCGGCCGUGGUACUCGUUGUCCUGGUCUGCUUCUCCAUUUGGGUCAUUCGAGUGAUUGUCUCAACUCGUCCCAAGUCCCAUCUCUUUGACGAUUUACCAACAGUGCUCGUCUAUGGCCCUCUUUACAAUACAUACUGUGACGAUGCUUCGGCUUUUGCGCUUGUUCCAAUUUUUCUGAACAUCGCUCGUGGAAUCGCGGUCGGAGCUUUGCAGCCAUCUGGCAUAGCACAGGUGGUCAUGCUAGCAAUCUGUGAAGUUGUCUCGGUGUUAACACUUUUGGCUUUCCGACCUUUCCCAGGACCAACUCACAUGAACCUGUACCAAUGCCUGUUCUCCAUUGUGCGCUUCUUGACAGUCAUCUUGAGCGUGGUCUUUGUUCCGUCAUUAACAGUAUCUGACGCUGCUCGUGGCUGGAUUGGCUAUUUAAUCCUUGUCUUGCAUGCCAUGGUAUUGAUCUUUGGAUUCUUCCUCAAUGCAAUGCAGACGUUGAUCGAGGUUUGGGCGCGCCUUGCUGGUGCUGGUGGUGCUACACGUGGUGGCCUGACCAAAGUGCUCGGUAUGCGUCAGCUCUCCAGGCGUACCGCUCGCAGUGGUAUCGCACGCCAGAGCAUGGGCUCCGAAGCUGCGAUGCUCGGCCACCCUGACGACCGCAUGUCCGCUCAAUUCGAUGGAUCGCGGCCACGCAGCUUCUCCGGUAGUUCGGCUCUUCUUUUGAACCGUGCGACUGCCAGUGAGGGCCGGGCGAGUGCUGUCCUCGAAUAUGCUAGCUCACAGGGUGGUACGCACAGUAGGGCUGCCAGCGGAGGGUUCCCCACGCCAACAUCAACCGCCUACCAGGGAGCUGGUUUCCCCAGCUCACCAAGCAGCCCGAUGAUUGGGAUGCAUCCUCGCGACCCCUACUACCGACCACCUCGACCUGGUCGUAGAACACCCGAAGGUAGUGUCUCAUUAGAGAAAGGCAAGAGUCCUUCGAGGGGCUUCCUGAAGUCAAUGUCCACCAGACGAGGCGCGAGGAAUGGCGACGAUGGAGAAGGUGGUCUCAGGUCUGGGCGAGCUACCCCUGUGCCAGCAUACCUCUCAGCACCAAAGGAUGAGAUGGAAUUAGACGGUCCACGACAACCGAAGGAUUAUGCCGUUCGCGAGGUAGACUUCUACUACGGUGUCCGUGGUCCACCGCUUUCCCACAGCGGGACCCGAAAGCUCAAGACCGGUCCAGCAGACCCCACUGGACCAGUCUCCUCUGCGACAGGAUGGUUUAGGGGCUUGCUCCAAGGAAAGACAAAAGACAAAGCCAAAGGAUUUGAAGUGGUGCGAAGCGCUCGAGCACCUCCGCCGGGUAUGGGACCUCCGGGAGGCUAUAAUGAACGGUAUGAAGACGACCCAGACGCGCCAUCGGGCAGCCAGUCCCGCAAUGUGUCUGCUGGCAACGUUGCAUACAACGACGCAGAGGACGACAAUGAGUUUGCUCCGUCAAGUGAGUCUCAUCCACCUAUUCUGCCACCACUCAACACCUCGGUCGGCGGUGGUAUCGAGCUCCCAAGUCGACAUGGCUCCCGCCACACGCAAGCAGCUGGCGAGCAAGACAUUGGCAAUGCAACUGGUCUCCCAGUUGUCACAGAGACACUAUCACGCGAAACCGGCGGCGGUCAACGAUCCAUCCACUCAGAGCACCACCUGCAGCCUGAGAAUUCCGCACGCUUCCCCCUGAGCGGCAACAGUUCACCAUCCCGCGAGCGUGGCCUUUCCAUUACAUCCACAUCAAGAUCACGGUCCAACGCCUCAAGCCACCAAACUGACAAACGCACCGAGCGACCCUCAAGCAUGGGUUACGUCCCUCAACAUCGAGCCCACGACAAUAUCCACGAAGCAAGCCCGGAUGAACCAUCGUUCGCCGGUAGUUCAGCCGAACUCGUGGAUGAAGCUACCGCCCACGCCAUCGCCCACGAGCAUGGCGAAAAAUAG